AUGUCUUCAUGGCUGGCUGAUACAGGUGUACAGCGUGGCCUGACAUCUACUCAACAAUGCAGAAAUGCUAACUAUCAAAUCUCUCCCACAAAAUCCAAUUCUCAACCUCAGAUCAUCCUAAAGAAAACACCACUCUACAAAGCUUUUGCAACUUCCAUUGCUAGUCAUCAUCAAAUACCCUCCAAAAAAAUGGGUGCCAAUACCAUCACUGUAACCAACAACUCCACCUCUGACGUUUCCGUCAGUGUCACAUACAACGGAAACGACUUUCAAAAGGGCGGAAGCGAGCUCUGGUAUACUCUUAAAGCCAACGGAGGAUCCGAUACCUGGAAUUACAGGUCCGGCAAUCAAAUCGCCAGAGUUGCUAGAAGCCAGAAUGCUGGCACAGGAAUCGAGUUUUUCCUCGCUGUACCAGGGAAAACCAUCUACAUCAACUAG